AUGGAGAGAAGCAGGCAGGCGCCAUCUGAGCAGGAUGCGGAGGAGAGCGAAGGCGAGGACAGUGCCUUCAUCAUGGACCGCCUGUGCAAGUUCAUCUACGCUAAGGACCGCACAGACCGCAUCCGCACAUGUGCCAUCCUGUGCCACAUCUACCACCACGCACUUCACUCACGCUGGUAUCAAGCCCGUGACCUGAUGCUCAUGAGCCACCUGCAGGAUAAUAUUCAGCACGCUGACCCGCCUGUACAGAUCCUGUACAACAGAACCAUGGUGCAGCUGGGGAUCUGUGCCUUCCGCCAGGGCAUGAUCAAGGACGCCCACAAUGCCCUGCUGGACAUCCAAUCGAGUGGCCGCGCCAAGGAGCUGCUGGGCCAGGGCCUGCUCAUGAGGAACAUGCAGGAGAGGAACGCCGAGCAGGAGAAAAUCGAGAAGAGGCGACAGGUAAGCUACAGCUCAGCUAAACUAAACUCCGCGAAGAGACCACUGGUAGGUUACGGCUAG